GCGCGGCGGCGGCGGCGCGGAGCGGAGCGGAGACGGAGAGCAGCGCCCCUCCGCCCGGCCUCCGCCACGCCGCGCUUGCAGCUGCCCGCCCGCCCGCUCGCCCCCCCCGCGGCACCAUGUCGGUGGAGCUGGAAGAAGCCGAUCUGCCCCUGACCGAGGCGGAGGAGGUGCCGAUCGCGGCCGAGAAGAAGGCGGCCUCCAAGAAGGCGAAGAGCGCCGGCGGCGGCGGCGGCUCCUCGCUGUCGCCUUCGAAGAAGAAAAAGAACAACAAGAAGAAGAACCAGCCGGGCAAAUACAGCCAGCUGGUGGUGGAGACGAUCCGCAAGCUGGGCGAGCGCAAUGGCUCCUCGCUGGCCAAGAUCUACAACGAGGCCAAGAAGGUGGCCUGGUUCGACCAGCAGAACGGCAGGACCUACCUGAAGUACUCCAUCAAGGCGCUGGUGCAGAACGACACGCUGCUCCAGGUCAAGGGCACCGGCGCCAACGGCUCCUUCAAGCUCAACAGGAAGAAGCUGGAGGGCGGCGGGGACGGGGGCGCGGGCAGCAGCGCCCACAAGUCCCACAAGAAGGCGGCGGCCUCCGCGACCCGGCGGGCGGAGAAGAAGCCCGCGGCCAAGACCAAGAAGCCCGAGAAGAGAUCCCACAAGAAAGGAACCAGCAGCGCGGCGGCGAAGAAGGACAAAGGCAAAGCCAAGAAGGCCGCCAAGAAGGGAGCCGCGUCCCCGGGGGGCAAGAAGGUGAAGAAGUCCGCGAAGCCCAAGGCGCUGAAGAGCAGGAAGGCAUGA